AUGUGGGCGAAAUUUUUUAACUUUGAUGUCAGUAGUGCGGUUCACAAAGCCAGUGACAGAGUUCUCUUAAUUGGUUUGGGCUAUAAAAUUCGCCACUCCACUUCGCUGACGACCCACCAAACCAAGUGGCAGACCCUGAAGACGUCAGCCAACCACCGCAACCUCACCCUGGAGAACGUUGACUUCAACAAACCUUUGUACGUCUGCGUCGUCUGCUUCAACAACGCCGGCGAUGCUCACUGCUCAGAUCCCGUCCACCUCGCUCCCAACGACCUCCAAAACAGCCACAACUUCCUCGCUCCUGAUGAUGAUGAUGAUCAAGAACCUGACAGGGGAGAGAUUGCUAUUGAAGUGGCUAAGUUUGAAUGCAAGAAGAUCCCCACCCACCACGAGUAA